AAGAACAUCACACUACGAGGGAUAGAUUAAGGUCAACAAUUAGAGAUGGGGGAAUCGAAGUAUAGAGAGAAGAAAUAAAACAGUGUUUUCUUUCAAUUUUUUGGAGUGUACCGAAAAAGAAAAAGAAAAAGAAGAUGAAACUUAUGAACCAAACCUGCAUUAUAGUUACCUUUCUGGUACCUACAUUUCAGUUUAUUAUUAUGAGAAUAUACUAUGUAUAUAAUAGCUCAGCUUUAUUCAUUGUUAGCUUCCAUCCGCACCUCAUCACUGCUAUAUACAUUUAGGCUUGAUUACCUUUCUCAGAUCCCAAUUGUUCGAAAACCAGAAAAAUUCCCAACUCUCUCUUUGUGCUCUAAACCCUAGCUGUGGAAAAUUAUAUUUGUGCACCUUUUAUUUGUAGAUCUAACAGGAUGCUAUACUAGAUUGAUUGGCCAGGCAAGUGAUGAUCACUUAAUUUAGUUUCAUCUUCAAUUCUUCAAUUUCUUCUUCUCGAACGAGCUAAGAUCAAGCUAGCUACAUAGGUAUGCAUCCAUUUUCUCGACCUUCGUCUUCUUUUUCCUAUGGCGGGGUUUUGUUAGGAGGUCGAGGAGGAGGAGAUAGGGAAGAGGUAAUUAUGAAGAUGGUUAUUGAUUCUUGGACUCAUGAUGAUGCUAGUGAAGUCGAUGACACCGCGGCUGUGGCGGGUAGUUGUGGCGGGGGCGGGGUGGCGAUGGAGAAGGAACAUAUGUUUGAUAAGGUGGUGACGCCGAGCGAUGUGGGGAAGCUGAACCGGCUGGUGAUUCCCAAGCAGCACGCCGAGAAGUAUUUUCCGCUAGACUCCUCCAACAACGAGAAAGGGCUUCUGCUCAACUUCGAGGACCGGAACGGCAAGCCAUGGCGGUUCCGGUACUCUUAUUGGAACAGCAGCCAAAGCUAUGUGAUGACGAAAGGCUGGAGCCGGUUCGUCAAGGAAAAGAAGCUCGACGCGGGUGACGUCGUUUCUUUCCUGCGCGGCGCCUCCGAGUCUGCGAAAGACCGGCUUUUCAUCGACUGGAGGCGCCGCCCGGAUUCCCAAUACUCCUCCAACAACCUUCAUCAUCACCGCCACCAUCAUCUCGCCUCAAUUGUCUCCUUCCCACACCACCUAUCCCCCCUCCAACGCUCCGCCAUUCAUCAUCAACACCACUACCCCGCUGCAGCGGGGGCAGCGGCAGCUUGGAACCCUGGUGCUUUGUUCUCCCCGCUGCAGCCGUCUUACGGGUACAGGAAUUACGGAUUCCGCGGGAACAGCACCACCGCCCAUGAUUCUGUGAUAUUAAACGGCGUCAGCGGUCCUAGAGGCGGUGCUGUGGUGGUGAAUGGAAACCCUUGCUCGGGAAUAUCAUCAUCAGGGAUUUAUUUUAGGCCAAUAAUCACCGCCGCGAGCCAGCAAGAAAUGAUGCAAAAGAUAGGAGGUUGUGGUGGUGGUGGGGUGGUGUUUGAGUCGGUGCCGGUGGUCCAAGGAAAGGCGGCAGCAAAGCGGCUGAGGCUGUUCGGGGUGAACAUGGACUGCCCUAUUUCGGACGAUUCUUCCUUCGCCGCCACUUCCCCCAAUUCCAACACCACAUCAACAACCACAAUUCCGGCCACUUCCCUUCAAUUAUGGCCUUGCGGAGGCAGCUACGACGGCGAUGACAAUCAAGAACUGCAACCUGUUGGUAAUAAUAAGCCCCACAAGUCGCCGUCCUCGGCCUCCAUGUCCCUAGAUUUGGAUAUCUCAUCGACCUGAUGAUAAUUAUAAUUGUCACAUUUCCCUUAUUAUUACAAUUAAUAUUAUAAUUAUUACAUUUAUAUACGGAGUAAAUUCAUGUGUAAAUGGAAGCCCUUUACAUUACUCCGUAUUAUAAUUAAUUUAUAAUUAUAUAUUUCCACUCAAUAUACAGUAAAGUUUUGUUUAAUUUCA